AAAAAAAAAAAAAAAAAAAAAAAAAAAUUCAGUAUAAAUGAGUGCUGCGUAUUGCUUUCCUGGCACAGUCUGGUUUUUUUUUUAAAAAAAAAAAAUGAAUUUCACUGAAAGCUAAGCUACUGUUACACCAAUGUCAAAAGACAAAGGCAGUGAUGGAGGCGAUGAUGAGGUUUAAUUUCGUGCGACUCACAACCACUACUUCUCUUGCCAAAAAUAGUGAAAUCUAUGGCUAAUUAACAAAUAAACAAUUAUAAAGCAUCACAAGCCUCUUCAUCUUGGUUCUAUCUCUAUAAGUGCAAAAGAAGCUGAAGUAGGAAGCAAGAUGUCAUCUCAACAAUUGAAUCAUGACUCAGCUUCGACAUCUUGCGCGAGUCAAACUUAUCAUCAGAAUUAUGUACCUCAACAAUAUGGAAGUCCUUCAAUGGCUAUUUCUCCGUCGCAACUAGCAAUAUCACAAAAUGGCCAAGCCUCCUAUAAUUAUACCGUGCGGCCUCUUUCAGUUAUGACGCCUCCAAUAAAUAAAACUGUACAGGAACAGCAUAUGGCGCCGUUGACAACGACAAUCAUACAAUCGCCUUAUUCCCAGCAAUUAGCUAUGCCUUUACGGCAACCAAUAACACAAAUGUAUACCCCUCAACCAAUGAUAGCUGACGACAACUAUUUAGCUGACAGCUCUCUAUCUGCUGCUAUGGCAGCUGGAAAGAAGGUUAAAAAGGCUCAAUUUCCACCUGCAUCAAAGGAAACAUUGGAAUACUACAGAAAAAAGGCAAAAGAAGGCGGUCUACAAGAAUCAUUUGAGCUUGCUAAGUUCUUGCUUGAAGCUGCAAAACAAAUUCGUAUUGAUGAUCACCAACAAGACAUUAAAAAAGCGAAAAAAGCAAAAGAAGCUUUAAAUAUUGAAGCUCAAAAGAUCCUUAAAAAGUUAGCAACACAUUCUGGAAUGGGAAAACAGGGCUAUCCAGAAGCACAGUACUUUUUGGCCAACGCUUAUGCUGUUGGCAGUAUAGGGUUAUCAGUUGAUCUCACAAAAGCUGCCGAGUUAUAUGUACAAGGUUCGAAGCAGAAUCAUCCAGGUUGCACCUAUCGUGCUGCUGUCUGCUAUGAGGUCGGUGCAGGUACAAAAAAGGACAAGAAUCAUGCAAUGAUGUUUUUCAGAAAAGCCGCCAAUUUGGGUGAAGUUUCUGCUAUGUAUAAAUUGGGUGUUAUUUUAAUAAAGGGGCUUUUAGGACAGCCAAAAAAUCCUCCUGAAGGUAUUUCAUGGUUAAAACGUGCUGUUCAAGAAGCUAAUGAAGAUCAUCCCUACGCAUUGCACGAGUUGGGACUAGCUUACGAGCGGGAAGGUAUACCUUCAGUUAUUGCUGAUCUGAACUAUGCGCGAGAAUUAUUUAGCCAAGCCGCACAAUAUGGUUAUGCUCCCUCACAGUUUCGUUUAGGUCUAGCGUAUGAGAAUGGAUUAUUGAAUUGUCCCAUUGAUCCACGGCGUAGUAUAGCGUGGUACUCUAAAGCUGCUGAACAAAGUGAUAGCGAAGCCGAAUUAGCCCUUUCUUGUUGGUAUUUGACCGGAGCAGAGGGUGUAUUAGCCCAAAACUACACUGAAGCUUAUUUAUGGGCGCGAAAAGCAGCUGAUAGAGGGUACGCAAAAGCUGAAUAUGCCGUGGGCCAUUAUACUGAGUAUGGUGUCGGCACAAAACCAAACCUAGAAGAAGCCAGGCGAUGGUAUAUGCGAGCCGCUGCUCAAAACUACCGUAAAGCUAUGCAACGCUUGUCAGAAUUGAAUAAACGAAGUGAUAAAAAGUGAUAACUAUUAUAUUUUCGGUUUGAAUUUAGUCUGUUGAAAAUAGGAUUCUUUCAUUAGCCAGAAUUUAGAUAUUCAAGUGAUUUUUCGCCACAUACUAUUUUCAAACUUGGGGCACUUCCAGUAAAUUAUCUUAGGCUUACCUCUUACUGCACGCAUCUGUCCCAAUAGGUUACAGCAUGCCUGAGGCAAUCCUUACAAUUACCAGGAGUAACCGUUUGCAGGAUUCUACAACACGCGGUACCAGAGCAUUAUUGCUGUCUAAUGGAGUCCCUGUGGUGUGACCUUUUAAUUUUAACCUAGCUCUCACUUUAGGAUCAAUAACUAG